AUGUCUGCAGGUAAUAGGUUUGGUAGAAAAAUAGAAUUUCGUGAAGGUGCUCCAAUACAGCUAUUACAAUAUGUCGAAGAUAAUUCGAAAGACGGUUUCGGUAAAAUCGUUCUUAAUCCAGUAGCAUUAAACAUUCUUCAAACCAUCCGGGAACCUCUUGCGAUUAUUUCAGUUGUUGGUUCUUAUCGCCGUGGUAAAUCUUGGUUCGCAAAUGUAUUGCAUGGACGACAUGACGGUUUUGAUCUGGGAGCAAAAGUAGAAGGGUGCACACGUGGAAUAUACAUGUGGUCUCCUCCAUUCACGUUAGAAAGUGAACAACCUGAUGGUAAAAUAAUUCAGAAACGAGUUAUUGUCUUGGAUAGCGAAGGAAUUGACGAUCCAAAACAGGACCAACAUUGGGCGACGAAACUAUUUAUUUUAUGUUUAGCCCUUUCUUCUACUUUUAUUUAUAAUAUAAAUGGGAUUGUUGGUAGAGAUGAUAUCGGUAAAUUGUACCUAAUGACCGAUCUAAGUAAUUUCAUUCAAGAGCCAGAAGAAGGCGACUUUUUACCGAGAUUAGUUAUUUUAUUACGUGAUUUUACUUUAGAAAGUCCUGAGAGCUUUAAAGAUUAUUUUUUGGAAAAAUUAAAUAAUGUCAAUCCCGAAGCUGCUAAAGGAAUUAAGAAAUUCUUUUAUGACUUUGAUGUAUACGGGUUGCCUCAUCCAGGAUGUAAAAGAAAAAUGUUACAGCAUAUGGAAGACGCUGAUACCGAUGAACUUGAUGAAGAAUUUGUUGACGAAGUAGAGAAUGCUGUAAAAUCAAUUUAUUCUCAAAUUCCUCUUAAAUACAUUGGAUCUUCCACUAUGAAAGGUUCAGCUUUUGUGAAAUUUCUAAAUGAUAUCGUUGAACGUAUGAACAAAUCAGAAACAUCAUCAUUACUUUCAAUUCCUUCCGAGUAUGAAUCAAUUAUACAAUUUGUCGCACAAGAAGCAAUUAAAGAAGCUGUAGGAGUUUAUCAAGAACAAAUGGACCAUUUGUUAAAUGAAGAAGUAAAAUUACCAAUUUUAUGGGAUGAAUUCACAGAAAUACAUAAUAAUUGUAUUUCAGAAGCCAAUAAAUAUUUUUUUGAAAAAGUAAUUGGAAGUCCUACUCAAAUGGAAAGUUUUAUCGAAGAACUUAGCGAAAAAAUGUCCAAAAUUAAAGAAGAAUUCACGAAAAGAAAUUCUGAUGAAUUAACGGCUCAUAAUGAAAAUAUUGCGAAGGAUUAUUGGGAAAGAUACAGCAAUGAUGAAUUUCAGGAAGCACUCGAAGCUUUCGAAUUAGCUUACGAAAAAUCAAUGAUGAAGUCUCCUGAAGCUGCUAAAGUAAUCGCUUCAUACAUGCAGAAUCAAUACCCAACUGCAAUUGAAUACAUGACGCAAUUAGGAAGAAUGAAUGCAGAAUUAGCAAAGGCAAUGAAAGCCAAAGAAGAGGCUGAGACACUCCGGUUAGAAGCAUUGGCACGUGAAGAAGAAUUCCGUAGGGAAAUAGAAGCACAAAAACAUGAGCGCGAAGAAAGUGAAAGAAAUUUCAAAACGAAAAUGGAAGAAUUACAAGCAAAUAUUGACCAACAAACUAGAUCGCAUGAAGAGAUGAAAGAGCGUUUAAUUAAAGAAAGAGAUAUUGCGGCAGAAAAAUAUAAUCAGAAACUUGAGCAAUUGCACAACGAAAUGCUUGAACAACAAAAAUUAAAUGAAGAAGACAAAAGGAAAUUACUUGAACAACAACAAGCCAAAUUUGAGCAAAUACAAAGAGAGGCUGAAGAAGCAAAUCGUAAAAGAACUGAAGAAUUAAAAGAACAAUUACGCCAAGAUAAAGAGAAAGCCAUUGAAAAACAAAAUGAGUUUUUCCAGAAACAACUUGCUGAACAAAUUGCAGCGAGUGAAAGACAUCACUCUCAAAUGUUAGAGCAAAUGCGGAGAGACAAUGAGAGUUUGAGGAGUGCAAUAAGUAAUUCAGGGAGGGAUUCUCCUUUGUGUGUAAUUUCAUAA